GCAAGGCCGCCUGCGCACCGCGACAGCUCUGCUCGGACCGGGACUGCAAAGAGGAUGCUGCUACAGAGGAGAGCAGAAACGAAGAAGCUGUGAAUUUGGUGGAUAUGGCCACUGGGUUUCUAGCCCUGCCUCGGUCGCUCUCGGCCUCGUCGCGUCCUCUGCUGCAUACAAUCUUCGCUCACUGUCGCCCGACUUCCUCCUCGUCGCUGCCCUCGCCCGCAAAUCUUCGUUCGUCCAACCUCCAGCACUGUCUCCGACGAGCCCGGAAGGAAGAGCAGAGAUUGUUCGUAGAAUCGUCAUUCAGGACCGCCAGAGCUAGAACUCUGUGCUGUUCCACCACUGCUGAGCGCCUUUCACCCAUUGAGCAGGCCAAUUCUAAUUCCACCACAGAAUCCAAUGGAAAGCAACAAACGGCGGAGGUUUCCUCUGCUUCAGCUCAGGUGGAGCAGAUGGCCAGUAGAGAACAAAAGUUGGGCGCAUUUCAGCAGCUGCCCAUGGUUUCUCCGGCAAAUGAGAUUCUUGUCUCGGCCCUUAGGAGAGCGAAGAUGGUGAAGGCUACUAAAGGUAUCGUUAAUGCUGCGAAGCGAGAGCGUAAUAAAGGCGCCAAGCAGCUGGAUGCGUUGAUAAAGGAACUGACCACACCUCUUAGACUAUAUCUCCAAAAGUUUCCACAAAGACGACAUUUGCAUGCUUACGAGAGAGCACUCCUAGAACUCACACUCGGGGAUGGCAUGUAUGAAGAGGUCCUCGCGAGGGUUGAUCUUUUGCGGAAAAAGAUACUGGAUUUGGGGAAAAAUUACGCUAGCUUGUGUGCCAAGUCAACAACAAAAGCCGAGGCAGAGGAGCGGUUGGAGGAGGGUUUUUCAAGAUUAGAGGAGCUUUUCAAAAAGCAGGGCAAAGCAGUGGAUGACUUGAAAGAACACGCAAAGACCUUGAGGGCAAUGCCAGUAGUACGCAUCCGUACACCAACCCUCUGCUUGGUUGGAGCACCCAAUGUGGGAAAGUCAUCUUUAGUUCGCAUUUUAUCGUCCGGCAAGCCUGAGGUUUGCAAUUAUCCAUUUACAACGAGAGGCAUAUCAAUGGGUCAUUUUGAGAUUGAAUCGCGAAGGUUUCAGGUGACUGAUACGCCUGGACUUCUGAAGCGUCCAGAUGACGAAAGGAAUAACAUCGAAAAGUUGACUAUUGCUGCUCUUGCACAUUUGCCUACGUCUGUCCUGUACGUGCAUGACUUGACUGGAGAGUGUGGUACAACUGUACCGAACCAGUUUGCAAUUUAUAACGAGAUGAGAGAGAGAUUUGCUGAUCGGCCGUGGUUGGACGUGGUCUCCAAAGCUGAUCUUCUUCCACCUCCACCCACCGAUGGUUCACUGGAAGUCGAUGACUUGCAUUCCUACGCACUGUCUGGGCCCAAAGGUGCCCUUUGGGUGUCCGUGUACUCAGGGCAAGGAAUUGAUGAGCUCGUCCGGAGAGUUCAUUCUUUGCUUCUUGAAGCACAUCCUGUUGACAAGGAAAUAGAGGAAGCUCUGAGUGAGAAAUCAGAUCUAGACAGUGGCAGUGCUUACAAGAAAGAGGAUGAUUAUUAUUUUCCCGCCUGGCCAAGGAAGCAAGUUACACAGUGAGCAACUAUGAAACCUGGUGACUCUAGGGCGUCAUGGUUCCAAACUAAGGACAAUGUAUACAGGUGAAUACAGGUAAACGAAUAGGUGGUUAUCCACCUCCGGAAAUUAUCAUAUACUUGAGACUCCUCGAUGUCAAAUCAGCGUUGUGGAGGUUCAUGUCGAGAACCAAGUUUUGAAGAGUUAGAUCCUUCUUUUCAGGUCAACAAGUUAGUGAAUUUUAUACCUAAGCUAAUAUAUUGAAAGUAAUAAAAUAUAUGCACUUCUGAUGAAUGGCUGGAUUCUAAAUAGGUUUUGAGUAGAACCUCUUGUGCUGCAGGUCAGAAAAUUGUACCACUGGUUGACACUGCAUUGAAACAGUAAACUGUAACAAUGACUCUGAUUCACAGCAGCCAGGUCACAAUCAGACCAAGAUUGCGCGAAAACGACUGUGUGCCGAGUCAUUCAAGUACGAUUGGAUCAUCUCUAAGAAGUUCACACUGCUCCUCCCCUCCCUCUUGUUUCACUUGUUAAACGCGCCUAAAGCCAGUUUUCGCAACGAAUUGCUGUUGCUACAUUCGGAACUGCUUCUUGCCUACGAAAUGUGAGCACUAUUUAGGUAAUCUCAUUACAGUACAAGAAUCAGGUGCCAGGGAAGAGCUUGUAGAUGUCAAAGCUCGUGUAAUUUGGUCCAGUGAAAAUGAUUGUCAAACUUUGGUGUUUGAAUGGACCUGGAAUAAAUGCCAGAUGCAUCUAGGACUGACAUCAUUCUAUUCUCGUAUCAUGAAAAUCGCAUGGGAGCAGGGUGGAUGUCCUUCAUGUAGUGGACGUCUUGCGUCACAAUCACGAAUGAAGGUCGUGCAAAGUAGUCAAGGGAGCAAAAUUUCAAUAGCAGGUGCAUUUAAAGGGUAGGCAGAUGGAAAGCAAGUCUGGUGAGGGCGGAGUAAUUGUUUCAGUGUUUUAUAUGUUGCGAAGUUUGAAAUGCUUUUGGCUGGAUGGAUGAAUACCACUGGAUGGUGACUGUCUCCACAUCCAAAUCUAGCUCGUUUAUCACACAAUUCAUCACGGCGUUCAAAUAACUGCUAAGUGCCUUGUAAUCUUGGCCAAUUGAAGUAACACUCGGAGGACACCUGUCCUCACAGAUCCUUGUAACCGG